CACCAGAAAGACCAGCACGUCCUUACAACAUCCUGCUCUCCACUGUAAAGAUGUCCAGCUCUGUAUCAACAACCACUCAUGGGGUGGUGGUCAUCACCCAUGUUCACCCUGCUGGGAACGGCUUGGGGAUGGGGGCCUCUCCCCCCACCUGUACGGGUAGGGUAGGACCUGUGGUGUCGUCUGUGAUGGAGAGGUUCCGUGAGGGACAUUCAAAGGCUCUGGGGACAGUACAAAUCAUGGUUGGCGCCAUGACAUUUUUGUUUGGAAUCGUGAUGGCUGUUGGUGAAUUGAGUCUUGGAGUAGCAAGUGGUAUAUUCGUCUGGGGCAGCAUCAUUUACAUAAUUGCAGGCUCUCUCACCAUUGCAGCUGAAAAAUCCUUGAACAAGUGCCUGAUGAAGGCUUCAUUGGGAAUGAAUGUUGUCGCCACAGUGACUGCUGGCAUAGGCACUCUUCUCUACUCUUUAGAUACUGCUGGUGUAUUUUAUUAUUGUUAUGAUUACAUUAACUAUGGGCUAUGUUAUCAAUACUGGGCCAAACAUCAGGGAAUUUCUGGCGUCAUGGUGGUUUUCUCUUUGCUGGAGAUGAUGGUCACCAUCACUGUCUCAGCAUUUGCCUGCAAAGCUGUCUGUCAUUCCACACUACUUCGUUCCCCUGAACAGGUGUUCAUCGUUGGCAGUCACUUACCUCAAGGUGGCCCUGUACCUUCACAGACAACAUUCAACAUCCCACCAAACAGCUAUGAGACUUUGAGGACCCCAAAAGGACCAGAAGAGGGAUUGCCUGCCUACGACAACUACAGACCCCCCCAGUAUAGUCCAGCUAUCAUUCCCUGAGGCUCUUAACUGUGGCUGCUUGCUUGGCUUCUAGGUUCUAUUUAGUUUGUUAUGGUUACUUUAUUACCUACAAUAAUCACUUUUUAAAAUCUUUACACUGGUUAAAGGAAAUCAUACUGACUGUAUGAUUCUUUACCCUGUCAUUUUUCUCUCUCUCCUUGUAGUUCAAACUCUGGAAAUAAAUAAAUGGUGUGACUAUUA